CACACACACACACUCACUCCUGCACCCUGUAUUUUUUAUGCACCUCGCACCGGGCGCUUUAUAAGCGGUCGUGGAUUAUGAUGCCAGUUUUUAUCACAGCGGAAUAUCGGCCUCUUCUUCAUCGACUGCUGCCGUAAACAACACUAAAAACGCGUCCCUUUUUUAAAUUAAUAAUUUUUUUUUUUUAUAUUUGAAUUAUUCCGGAUUUAUUUUUCUAAUUUGGUUUCCCUCAAUACUACUGAGCACCGAGAGACCGCCGCGACGCAGAGCUUUACGUCCGAUGCUUUUGGAACAUGUCCUAUGUUCCCUUCCAAGAUGCAAGGUGUGCCGUCCCCCCCUCCUAUCAUCAUCAUCACCAUCAUCGCUCCCACGCCCUCUCCUUCCACGCUCCUGCCUACCACCGUCCCUCUCACGAACGUCCCCCCUACAAUCGUCCUUCAUAUGACCGUCCCUCCUUCGAUCGCCCCAUCUUUGACCGCCCUUCCAUCGACCGCCCUUCCUUCGACCGCCCUUCCUUCGACCGCCCUUCCUUUGACCGUCCUGCCUACGAGCGUCCUUCCUACCACCGUCCAUUGCACGAGCGCCCCACCCAAGACCGCCCCUUGCACGACCGCACACCCCUCGACCGCUGGAACCCCCGUCGCUGUGUGAGCUCCGGACAACAGUACAGCAUGUUGGACCAGGAAGAGGUACACCCUUUGCUGAUGCGCGAGAGGCGCUCAGAGUCCCACAGGAACAAGCUCCUGCGCCGGACAGUCAGCGUUCCUGUUGAGGGAAGGCAUCACCCCGAGAUGGAUCACCGUGCCAGGAGGAAGAGCAUAGCCACUGGGAAGCAACCCAGCAUGGAGGUCCCUCCCACUGCCCCCCUUCAACCCUUCCGACAAUCCGUGAGUAACCCUCCCUGUCCUCGGCCUCGCUCGCUGCCUCCAUCCCUCUCGCUCGGCACCCCACCUCACCCCUUCCCGCUCUCCCUGGCUGUCUCCCCCUCCAACACCUUUUGCCCACCGGUGCAGCCACAGAAAAAGGGCUUCAAGAAAGGUUCGGCCACACCGCCCAUGCCCCGCUCGCUGCCUCUCUCCCCCUCCCUGUCCUUUACCCUGCCCCACUCACCUGCCGCCUCCUCCUCCCCUCCCUUCUUGUACUGGGGAGGAGACUGGAGGGCUGCCGGUUCGAGUCCAGUGGUGGGAGGAACGUUUAUUGAACCACUGCCCCCUGUUGAGAGUUUCCUCAGUAAGAGGUUGAAGGGCUCCAUCAAGAGGGCCAAGAGUCAGCCGAAACUGGACCGAACAAGCAGUUUCCGCCAAAUGAUCCUCCCCCGCUUCCGCAGUGCCGACCAAGACAGGACCCGUUUGAUGCAGAGCUUCAAAGAGUCGCACUCCCAUGAGUCCCUGCUGUCUCCCAGCAGCGCUGCCGAGGCGCUGGACCUCACUCUGGAUGAGGACGCCAUCAUCAAACCUGUUCACUCCAGCAUCCUGGGACAAGAGUACUGCUUUGAGGUGACAACGGCUUCAGGAACCAAGUGCUUUGCGUGUCGUUCAGCCGCAGAGAGAGACAAAUGGAUCGAGAACCUGCAGAGAGCUGUCAAGCCCAACAAGGACAACAGUCGGCGGGUAGACAACGUGCUCAAGCUGUGGAUAAUCGAAGCCCGCGAGCUGCCGGCUAAGAAGCGCUACUACUGUGAGCUGUGCCUGGACGACAUGCUGUAUGCACGCACCACCAGCAAGCCCCGCACUGACACCGUUUUCUGGGGCGAGCACUUUGAGUUCAACAACCUGCCGGCCGUCCGCAACCUGCGCCUUCAUCUGUACAAGGAGACAGACAAGAAGAGACGGAAGGAAAAGAGCACAUACUUAGGAUUGGUCAGCAUCCCCAUCUCAAGCAUCACCGGGCGGCAGUUUGUGGAGCAGUGGUACCCAGUCAUCCAGCCUAGCGUCCUCACAAAGGGAGCCGGCGUCGGAGGAGGGAAAAUCAUCAACGCAUCGCUUCGCCUCAAGUCCCGCUUCCAAACCAUGAACAUCCUCCCCAUGGAGCUGUACAAGGAGUUUGCAGAGUACGUCACCAACAACUACCGCACCCUGUGCGCCGUGCUGGAGCCCGUGCUGAGCGUAAAGAGCAAAGAGGAGGUGGCCUGUGCUUUGGUGCACAUCCUGCAAAGCACAGGGAAGGCAAAGGAUUUCCUGUCUGACAUGGCAAUGUGUGAGGUAGACAGAUUUAUCGACCGAGAACACCUUAUAUUCAGAGAGAACACUCUGGCCACCAAAGCCAUAGAAGAGUACCUCAAACUGAUUGGACAUAAGUACCUCAAGGAUGCUAUCGGGGAGUUCAUAAGGGCCUUGUAUGAGUCAGAGGAAAACUGUGAAGUGGACCCAAUGAGAAUACCCCCAUCUGUGCUGCCAGACCACCAAGCCAAUCUUCGAAUGUGCUGUGAACUGGCUCUCUGCAAAAUCGUUAACUCCCAUUGUGUAUUCCCUCGUGAGCUGAAGGAGGUUUUUGCAUCCUGGAGAGUGCGCUGCGCUGAGAGGGGUCGGGAGGAUAUCGCCGACCGUCUCAUCAGCGGCUCGCUCUUCCUGCGCUUCCUGUGUCCUGCCAUCAUGUCCCCGUCACUCUUCAACCUCACCCAGGAGUACCCCGACGAGCAGACAUCACGCACUCUCACACUUAUCGCCAAAGUAGUGCAAAACCUGGCGAACUUUUCCAAGUCAGAUGCCAUCAUCAAGCUGGGUCCUUUGCCCCGCCUCCUGAAUGACAUCAGCAUGGCGUUGCGUAACCCUCACCUCCAGCGGCAGCCGAGCCAUCAGACAGACAGGGUGCAGGACAGACAGACAGACAGGCUGCUGUCUCGACCCAGCUUUAACCGAGGGAUCUCAUCAGAGUUCCAGAAUCUCAUGAUGAGGGACUUGAACAGCUCCAUAGAUAUCACUCGUUUGCCUUCCCCCACCUCCACCGGGGGGGUCAUGCCGUCCCGUUCCCAGCUGAGUUUUCAGGACCGCGAUCAUCCUCACCGAGCCUCCAAAGACAUGUUUUACGUUUCCCGACCCCCUCUGGCCCGAUCCAGCCCGGCGUACUGCACGAGCAGCUCCGACAUCACGGAACCAGACGCUAAGGAUUCCCGAAUGAACAGCGUGUCUAACCUGCAGUCGGUGGACAUGCUCAACUCCUCCCAGGCCUCCAUCGCCGGUAUGGGCAGCUUCGGUGGGCUGAGCAGCGGAGGCGGUGGCGGCCUGGGGUCGGGCCUGAGCAGCCAGCUGCGGGCCGGUGGGAGGUUGUCAGCUGGCUCCGGCGGCUCCAGCAUGUCAGGCGGCCUCCGGCUGAGCCAGCUGAGCCAGAUGGGCACCACCACCGACUCGCUAUCCCAGCAGCAGCAACACCAGGCCGCCGCCAUGCGCUACCCGCUUUCCUUCCAGAAUCCCCUGUUUCAUCUGGCGACGGCUGACGGGCCGCAGCAACAGCUCCAUCACCAGCACAGCCGGGCUCAACCCCCAGCACCUCUGCUCCUGACCCCUGAACCCGAGCCCUCUCAUCCGGCCUACAUCCCACAGUUCGCCCACGGGGGGUUCUCUCGCAGUGAGGAUCUGUCCACCCUCAGGACCCGGGACGGUCACCUGGGUCAGCCCAGCAUAAUCCACUCACACAGCUACAGUGACGACUACAGCAGGGCUGACUACGGACGCAGGCAAAUCUCCAUGCAUAUGCAGGAUAAUCUGCAACAGCAGCAGGAAAUGUUGGGUAUGGCCUCCCAGACAGGAACAUCCCACUCUUCCCUGGCCACCACACCUCCCUCUACAGUCCAGCCUAUGCGCCAGAGUUCUGUUGCUCCACCUCCCAGCCAACGUGUCAAGUCCCAGACCUCCCACCAGCUAUCCGUCAGCUCAGCAGCAGCACCUGCCGGCUCUGGUAAAACCCGUCCGCAGAGCGGAAACCUCCUCCAGUCUCCAGAGUCCGGGUACGGCGGCAGGCAGCACGGGCCCCGGCAGCUAUCUGUCAAAGACAACACUGCCCCGGGUCUCCCCCACCAGCAGAGCUCGGUCAGGGAAAGUGGGAGUCCGCAGGGGACUACCAGUCAGAGCACUCAGCAGUCACCGCAGCAGUCUCAACAGCACCUUUUGAAACCCACCAUGACUAAACAGGGCUCCCAAUCACCUGCCACCCUCAAUCCCCCGACCCCAGCAAAUGAGCGAACAGUGGCCUGGGUCUCCAACAUGCCUCAUCUGUCAGCUGACAUUGAAAGUUCACGAAUUGACCGAGAGGAAUUCAAGCUGAAGGAGUACUCGAAGAGUAUGGAUGAGUCUCGCAUGGACAGGGUCAAAGAGUACGAAGAGGAGAUCAACUCGCUAAAGGAGCGACUAGUGAUGUCCCACAGGAAGCUGGAAGAGUACGAGAGGAGGCUCCUUUUGCAGGAACACCAGACCAAUAAGAUCCUUCUACAGUACCAAAACCGUCUGGAGGACAGCGAGAGGAGGCUACGACAACAGCAGGUGGAGAAAGACUCCCAAAUUAAAGGAAUAAUUAACAGACUCAUGGCUGUGGAGGAUGAAAUAAGGGGAGGAGCCAUUUAUGAGCCAAAAACCAGGAUUUUCGCUGAUCAGGGGAGGCGUCAGUCCAUCCUAGUGCAGCCCCGACUUGCGCCUGUCCCACCCCGAGUAGCCAGCCACUCCCAAAGCUUCAUGGAGGACAAUGUGGAACCUAAUUGGGUGAUGCACCAUCGGCCGUCUACGGGUUGGCAUGGCCAAAUGUCCAGAGCCCUGUCUCGUGACGCCAUUGGCUGACAAAGGGAGAACUUGGGCCGUUGGUCCUAUUCUCUUGUCUCUAGGGAUGGUGCAAACCCCCAGCGGACCAUGUAAGGAAAAGCUGGGAUUUCUUUCAUCUUUCUUUUUUUUUUUCCACUUUACUUGGGCCCUCUCUCUCUCUGAUUUGACAAAAGGAUUGAAAUCAAUAAUUUCAAAAUGUGUUGGAUCCAUAUUUCACCUGUUUAAAGCGGGCAGGACAUGUUUUUGGUGUAAGCCUGCCGAGCAUGCAACGAACAGCUAUGCAGUCUGAUCAGUCAGCAGGACGGAGGAAGACACAGGCCAAGGACAGCGAGGUUCUCACGCUAAGAGAGAGAGACCUUAAGUGUAUUUCAAAGGUGCUUGACUUCUCUUAUUAUUUCAAAGCUGACUCCUAUUUAACCUCCCAUUAACUCUUAUUUUGGUUCCUCUUUGUUCAGACUUUAUCGCUCUUUAAUCUCUACCUGGAUUCUUGACAGACUUUAUGUUUUAGCUCUCUCUUCAGUUUGAUUUUAAAGGAAACUAAAUAUGCACAGCCUAUAUAAAAAAAAAAACUGCUGAGGAAUAAAACUCUUGCUUCGAAGAGGACUUUGGAAAAACUGGACAGAAUGUUAUUUAUAUUUCUAUAACGGAUUCAUCUUAUUCUAGUAUUUAAGGGGAACAAAAGAAACUUCAUUAGACAUCUUCUGGAUGGAGGAGAUGUUUAUUUCUUGAUAAAAAUCCAACACAGCGAUCCAUUUUAUACGAUCGAUUUUCACAUUAAGACAAUCCGGUUUGGAACAAAGUUGCUCUAAAUCCUUGAGGGACGAGCUUGUGUUCUGCCUACUCCCCCAACCCCCCCAUACCACAGUUUGCACGUUGCUGUGAUCGGCCUGCUCUUUGCUUUUAUUUUUAUUUUUCCUUUGUACUAGUAUUUAAGGAUUCAAAGAAAGACACGUCCUCCGAUGUGUUUUUUCUCCCAACAAUCGCCGAGGAGCUCUCCAUUUAUGGACGAUUCGAUUAAAAAAAGCUGCUGGAUGAGAACGUUUGAUCACCAUGGGGGGGUCAACUUGGUGUUUUUUUUUUUGGGGUGUGGCCAUAUUUCCAGUCAAAUUGCUGGUUUAUUUCUGCAGCUGGACUCCUGGAAAAAAAAAUCCCUGCCAUUUCUGCCUGACACGAGAAACGGAGAGAGAUAUGUUAGAGGUUCUGCUGAAACGAGCGAAUGUGUUUGUACAUACCUAAAUGUAUAAGUGUGUGUGUAUAUACUCAGAUAUGUGUGUGUAUAUAUGGUAUGUUUGUGUGUAUAUAGAUGGUUUGUACAUGCAGAGUGUACAGUUAUUUUUCUCCUCUAAUGUUUCUCUCUCUUUGUAUGACUAGGUCUUCUCAAGCUCUUAACAUCGAGGCACGGAAAGGGUUUUUAUCGAGUUACACAGACAGCUAUCAGAGGCACUUUUUACACGCAGACCUAGAAUAUCAGCCAGGCCUGCCUAUCACUUCUAGCUACAUCCUUGAAUAAGAAGCUAACUCACGUAAUCUUAAGCUUGCACUCAUUUUCUGACCAACUUAAAGCUUUUCUAGAUACGAUUUGGGUGAGAGGGCAUCGUUUGUAUAUAUUAUAGUCACAACAACACCUUUUUGGGGGUUCUUGUAUUUAUUUAUUUAUUUAUUUUUUUUUUGUCCUCCUGAAAUCUUUAUUUGCAAUUAUUUGAAUAAAGGUCUUAACUUUGCUCUGAGUUGGAUCACUUUUGGUUUAUAUGAUAUAUGUUUGAGGGUGUUUUUAUAAACUCAUAGGUAUGUAUUUAAUUCUAUUUAAUCUGACAACCCUUAUAUAUGUUUCCUUAAAUUUUGCCCCACCCCCCCCCUAAAUCCUGCCACUCAUGGAGAUGUUUUUAUGCAGGUACAUCCGUCCACGAAAGCGUACUGCUACUACUUCAGAUUGCUUGUUUUUGUAUAGGUCCUAACUAAAUAAGUGUGCCUCCUCCUUAUACUCUUACUAACCAUUUACUCUGCUGGUCUCACUUCUUCUCACCCUCCUUUACAAGCCAUAGCCCCUCCCUCACCGCCUCCCUGUCCCCCUCAGAUCUCCUCUAUUGUUGUUUUACCAGGACAGACCUUUGGGGAUUUUGUGUAUAUUAAUGGAAGAGUGGUGUUGAAGAGUGUUUUGCAGUUAUAUAUGGAUUUGUUAUGAAUGUGGAUAUUCUGCCAGUUGAAUUAUUAUUGUAAUAAUGAUAAUAAUCAUUGCAUUUUUUUUUUUGUUUGGUUGAUUAAUUCCUAUGAUGCAGUUGAAGAAGAUGACAUUGGUUUUUGUUUUCUUUUCUUUUUGAAUAAACCACAAUUUAUAUUUUUUGGGUGGGUGACA